AAUACAUGCACAUGUACAUGUACAUGUACAUAAUCUCACAGCUGAGUACUAGUACUAGUCGUGACAGAUGAUAAUGUACAUGCACAUUGUAUGUAGCCACAGACAAAAGCAACAGAAACGACUUUGCUGAUGGCUGAAUGCACUGCCGGUGAGAUGCGUAGGCUAACGCGGGCGGUUUCCAAUUUGGGUACGGUAGGGGCAAUCAACAUCUUUGAUUUUUCUGUCGGCGGUAUCUUUGUUUCCCGACCUGAGAAGCCUGAGAAGUAUUAGGAAAUCCUGUUGGAAAACCUCAGAAUCCAUGAAUUCAAAAGAAAAGGCCCUAUGGCGUGUAAUUGACUGAUGGUAGAAGGACCAACAGAUCAUGCCACUAGAUUGACUGAUACUGUAGCAUAACGAUCAAUGAAUCACAUAGAUCUAAUCAACUGCAUCCAACAGAUGUGCACCAUGCAUACUGUACAUGUACAUGCUUGACAGACAUGAUGUAAAGAGCCAAGACUUGAAGUAUGUGAACAGACAUAAAUGGAGAUACAUGUUUAGAUCGAACACACUUAAUCAUCAAAGAUGCAGUACAGAGAUGCAAGACCAGUUCAAUUCAAGGUGAUUCUUUUGGGAGAAGCUGGAGUAGGCAAGACGUCAUUAUUCCAAAGAUUUCGCUCCCGACACAUUCCUUCAACACCAAAAUCUGCACUUAUGCUUGAUUGCUAUCAGUAUAGUAGACAGUUUGCAGUUGGUCCAGACAGCUGCCCAGUUCAGCUGGAUCUUUGGGAUACAGCUAACAUGGAAAGGGUACGGUCUUUAACAGAGAGUUACUUUCGGGAAACUGCUGCUACCCUUCUAGUGUAUGACAUAGCAGAUUCUGUGUCACUGAAAAGAAUCCCCUAUUGGCAACAGGAGUUGAGUUAUCACACACCUGACUCAACAACCAACAAAAUAUUUCUAAUAGGUAACAAAAGUGAUUUGGAGGCCUUACAAUAUGACUGUGAUCAUACAACAGUCUCCUAUGCCAAAGAGGUGAUUGGAAAACAGUGUAAAGAUGUCAUUUCUGUCUUCGAAGUAUCAGCAAAGGAGGAUUGUUGUGUGGAGAGAAUGUUUCAUGCUGUAGCUGAACAUCUCUGGCAAUGUCAUACAGCAGGAGCUAGAAAGGGAAGUAAGCGUUCAAAUCCAGCAUCGGAUGAAGACGAAAAAGCACAAGAUUCAAGCUUUCGACUGGAAGAUAAUCAAUUAGAUUCAAGUGGAACUAGUGGAAAAGGUUGUUGCUGAAAUGAAUUGCUGUAGAAAGACGUGAACAAUCCAUACUCUGGACUGUUAAAUGCAGCACCUACACCCUGUAGAAACCAUUUACAAUGUAGUUGUAAUGUAUAUCUAUUUUUAUGAUGCUGAAAUUUCUGAUUGUGUGUGGGAUAUUUUGGAAUUACAUGUACCUUAUUUUUUUAGAAUUUGUAGAAAACAACAUUUGAUGUUUCUUAAUAUAUUCGUCUGAUCAGAUUUGGAAUUCGGAAUGGAUACAAGAGAUUAAUUUGCAUUCCAAGUAAAAUGAGUGCAAACUUAGUUACAGUAACAUGUUGUCCACAUGUGAUGCCUGUUUUGGGAUCAAAAGGUCAAAUUACAUGUGGAGUUACCGUGUCAACAUUCCCACAGCACUUAAGUGAUUCUCAGUAGUCAACAUUUAACAAUAAUUGAGUGCUGUACAUGAUGUGGAAUGUUAUGUUUUAACCACUUGCUGCCAGAUGGUUUGAAAAAUGCAGGGUACGUAAUCGGGACUUUUUCAAGAUUUUCAG